AAUAUUCAUUUUCACUUAUAAUAAUUUACUGUUUUCAUUGUGUUAAUUGAAUAAAAUUAUGUAAUACGAGUUUUUGUUUUGGUGUAUUUUACAAUUUUUAAAUGUUUGUUUUGUCAAAAUGUGCCGAUUAUUUUUACAACGAUGAUAACAAUUAUUCUAGUCAAAUUAUAAAGAGAACAUUGUGUUAUAGAUAAAAACUAUAGACCAAAUAUUACCUAAUGAAUACCUGAUAUGAUAGCAAAUACCAAAUCCCAUUUGACCAAUACUAAAUUUGUCUAUAUAUGGAAAAAGAGUAUCAUUAUUCUUUAUAAAGCAACACGAUAAAAAAUAUCAUUUGUCAAAAUGCUUGCGGAAGGAACUCACUAUAUCAAACGGAGGGUAAGAUCUGGAGCUGUAGACGCCCAUCCAACUGAAACAGCGAUUGUAGUAAAUUACGAGUUGGAUGCUUUCGUCUUGGGUGAAAAUGGUGAACCAGUAAUAGGAGAUCAUAAGGAAUGUCAGAAAGUAAUACAUUUGAAAAGUUUAAACAGUAAUACAGAUUGUAGAGCUUUAGCAAAAGAAGUUAUUCAUAAAUGUAAUCUAAUACAUGAGUCUAAACUUUAUGAUGUGGAACACCUGAUUUACUAUCUUCAAACUCGUACAACUGCCGCUAUUACCAAUAAUAAAAUUAAAGAAGACAAAAGUCAGUUGGGGUUAGAGAAUAAUUCAUCAAGCACAUAUCGCAUAUGUGGCUUGUUACCUGAUGAUAAAGCAAGCUUAGCGAAAAUCGACGACUAUAUUGAAAUGCUGUAUGACGAUAUACCACAAAAAGUUCGAGGUUCCGGCCUAAUUUUGAAAGUAACUAGUGAAAAAGACAAUCUUGAAGAAUUAUCUCUUUCAGAACCUGCAAUGAGCGCUUUAGCAAGAGUUCUACGGGAAGAAUAUCGAAAAAGUUUUGAUCUCAGUUCAAAUAUAAUAAAUAUUUUUCUUUGUUUUUCUGCCUAUCAAAUAUUUCACAAGAUUUUAAUUGAUCAUAAGGUUUGUUUACUUUGUAUAGAAGUGUUAGAAUAUGAACUCAAUCGAUAUGACAAACUUAAAAGUCAAAUAGUAAACUCUCCUCCUCGCGAAUCUAAAAUAUCAAAAUUACCAACUCCCUCAAAAUUACCUGUUCCCAGAAGUGCUCCUACUACAUCAAAAAUUGCUCGCAGUCAAAUACCUGUUAGUUCAAGUACUAAUACUGACAAUCGUAGACAUUCAGCAUCUCUUGAAAACGUCAAACAAAAUGCCAAAGACAAUAAAAUACCUAGAAGUUUAGAUACAAGUGUUGUUAUAAAACAAGGUACAAUAACAAGAAGUCCUGAGGAAUUAGCGGUACAUCAACUACGAAGGAAUUUGUUUAAGUUGGGAAAAAAUCAAGACCAAGCUUUGAAAGGAGCUGUAGAGUUAAUUUACAAUUUGUCGGUUGAUAAAUCAAUAGAAGAAAAAGUCGUUCGUAAAGGGAUUAUUAAACUAUUAUGUCAAUUAUUAGACAGAACUAGUACCGAUUUACUGUUGGUAAGCAUCAAGUUAUUGAUCCAACUAUCAGUUUAUAAGGAACAUAUAGAUAAAAUGAAAAAAUAUUCAAUAAUUGAAAAAUUACCUAAAUUGCUUAUGAUGAAAAACCCUAUUUUAGAGAGUUAUACAAUCAAAUGUUUGUAUAAUUUGUCAUUUGACAUGACACUUUGUGAUAACAUUUUAAAAGUGGGUUUAUUACCUAAGAUAACCGACUUAAUAGGUGCGGAAGAAAAUAGCGAGUUGGUGUGCAGAUUGUGUUAUCAUUGUAGUAUGGAUGAUCGAUCACGAGCUUUAUUUUCUCACACAAACUGUUUAUCAAAGAUUGCAGAUUUGCUAUUGGAAGUGAACGACUAUAAUAUUAUUGUGUCAGCUCUUUGCAUAAAUAUAACACUAAAUGAACGCAACUGUCAACUUUUAAUUGCGAAUCGUGGACUAAAGCCUUUUGUACAAGCGGCUGUUGAUACAAAGGAUUUAAUGUUCCUCAAAAUCCUUCAUAAUAUGUCAAGUCAUGAAAGCUUGAAACCUCAGUUUGUUGAACUCAUUGGUCACUUUGCUCAUUUAAUAACAACAAUCAGGGACAUACAAUGUAUCAUCGAGUGUGUUGGUAUCAUUGCUAAUGUUAACGUGCCAGAAGUAGAUUUUAAAGAACUUUUAGAGUCUCAUAAUUUAAUUUCAUGGAUGGUACAAUAUGUGAACAAUGCGUGUAUGUCAAACGAAACUGAUGCAAGGCUUCUAAUAGAAGUUAUAAAGCUCUUAGGAACCGUAUCGAAGGAUGAGAAUUGCGGAGAGUUACUUUAUGAACACGGAACGAUACAACAAGUUGUAAAUUUACUAAAAACUCGGAAAGGGGAUAGUGAACUAGCCAUACAAAUUAUGUAUCUUUUAUAUGAAUUAAUGUGUCAUCCUAUUACUGGAGAUUAUAUCAUACAAAAUACAGACUGCCCAAUUUACAUAAUUGAUUUAAUGCACGACUCCAACGUACGUGUUCGUAAAAUGAGUAACUAUUGUCUUGAUAUAAUAAAGGAAUUCGAUGAGACUUGGACUAAAAAAAUAAGAGGAGCAAAAUUUUGUUGGUUUAAUGCGUAUUGGCUCAAUAUGAUGAAGGGGGAAUGUGAAAUGCCUACAUUUAAACCAAAAUAUGAACCUAACAAUGAAAUUAAUGUUUACGGAUUUGCUCACCAAUCAGUAUUAAUGCCCGAAGAUGAUUUUUUGUUUGACAAAGAUGAUAAUAUUGAAAUCAUGUCGACUAAAACACAAAGCCGGCCAGAAAGUAGAUACUUAGAUGAUCGAUUUGACUAUGACUUGGAAUCAUUCAACGAAGUUCAUUUUCCUGUUGACAACUUCGAUGAAGACAUUGAUGAUAAAAAUCAUAUGAUGCAAAAGUUUUCAAAUAAUAUUUUACAUUUUACUGAAUAGUCCUUUAUAUAAUAUUUUCUUUAUAAUCUUUACCAUAUAUAUUUUUUUUUUAGUUGAAGUUUUUCACGUGUUGCCCAAUUAUAAUUUUUCUGCGAAGAACUAACCAAACAAUUUGAUUAAAUCAUCUUUGUUUAUACUAAACACUAUAGUUUUAUUACUUACUUAUUUUUCAAUUUCUUUUCUUGAGUAAUGUUUAUAAUAUCACUUUACCGAUGAUUUUUUGUUAGUAUUAACUUAUAGUUACUAAGUCGCAAAUGUUUUAUUUAUAUUUGUUUUUGUAUAGCUAAUGCAUUCCAGUAAGUAUUAUUUAUAGAAACACUAUUAUUAUGUUUUACUAUCAGCAAGUAGCUGAAAGAAACUAAACUUGUUAAAGAGAUGAGUAAGAAUGAAAUUAAGUUAUCUAAGAUAGCAUUGAUUUCUAUACAGCUGUACUUCUAUUUAUGUUUUUGAUUAAUUUUGAAUUUUAAAUGAUUGUUGUCAACUGAUAUCAGUCAAUUUAGGAAUUUUUUAAAAAUAUUUACCAUAUAAUUAUACCUAACAUGGAAACUGCUGUAUACCAGAAAUCUAGUCAAGUUAAUUUACAUAGUUUUUAAUGUUUACAUUGUUCUUAACAUUUUAUUUAACCAACUAAAUUAAUUAAUUAAAAUCUAGUCAUGUCUAGGUUAUCUACUGUAAUUUAUUUGUGCAUUUUUAAUUUAUAUACUAUUAUACUUGCUUGUAAUUUAAAAAUAUUACCAAUACAUUAGAAAACUG